AUGCUGUCUUUAAGACAUACUUGGACUAUAUCCAUUAUAAGAACAGUAGUUCUCGGUUUUGUCUUUGUUUUAGGAUGUUUGGCCACAGUUUUCACCCAAAUGUGUGGGAUUUAUUUCUUCCAAAAUGAUCCAAGUCAAAAGCAAGCGGUUAUUUCACUUACUAAAGUUCAUUUUGUUACAUUGCUUACAUUUGUUACAUCGUGGAUAAACCCGUGUCAAAUCUCAAUUACCUACGAUUCGGCAUCAAUACCAGAGAGCGAUUCUUUUAAGGUUGAUCCUAAUGGUAAUUUACUAUCAAUUCUUUGUCCGAAUUCAGUAUUCAUUUCAAAUCAUCAAAUUUAUACCGAUUGGUUAUUUAUCUGGUUUAUUUCUUAUACUGCUCGUUUAGCUGAUUCUAUCCAUAUCAUACUAAAAGAUUUAUCUAAGAUUCCGGUUCUUGGUUAUGGUAUGAAAAAUUUUAAUUUCAUGUUCUUACUGAGAAAAUGGGAAGCCGAUAAAGUUAAUUUAACAAACCAAUUACUCACCAUUGAUGCUAAUGCCAGAGGCCUUGGUCCUGCUAAUAACGUGACCCAUGUUGCCUCUACUAAUGUGGCCCAACUGCUGGUUCAACAUUGGCCAAAAGGUAAUAGACCAGAUCAAAUAUGGCCUUAUCAAAUCAUUUUAUUCCCUGAAGGUACGGUGAAUUCUGCUCAUACUAAACUUCGUUCAGAAAAAUUUUGUGAAAAAUUAGGUAUUCCUAAAUUAAAUCACUGUUUAAUGCCUAGAGUAAGAGGUUUGUUUUUAACUUUACGUAAAUUAAGAGAUACAGUCGAAGUUGUUUAUGAUUUAACUACUGGUUAUAGUGAUUUGCUUCCUACAGAAUUCGGUGAAGAUAAAUUCACUUUAAAAGGUUUUUACCUUCUUGGUUAUGGUCCAGCUAAAAUAAAUUAUCAUAUUAGAGGUUUCAAAAUUAAAGAUAUUCCUUUGGGUGAAGAUACCGUGGAUAUCGACGAUGUUAAAGAUGAAGACUUGAAAAAAUUCGAAGAAUGGCUAUUCAAAAUCUGGUACGAAAAAGAUUUAUUACUUCUGAAUUUUUAUAAAUACGGAACUUUUAUUGACGUAACUAGUCAAUCCACUAAUACCGAAGCCAAAUCAAAAGAUCGAACCGUAACUGCGGAUUUCAAAUUGAAGAGUAACUUGGAAAUUAUCUACCCUUUUGCCACUUUAAUUGCUGCCAUCUUGAUCCUUAGACUUGCUUGGGCUGCUACAUUUUUUACUCUAAAACAGCUAAGUAACUAG